AUGGGAAAAUUAGAGCAACUAAGAGAGUUACUUGCUAAUGGAACUGCCAUCUCACAUAUACCAUUUUCUUUCGGAUGUUUGAGAAAUCUAAAGACACUGAAUCUGGGGAAGAGCAAGAAUUGUGUACUAUUAAAAUCAACAUCUCAACUUCUUGACAAUUUAUCAUCACCUCUUUUUUUGUCAAGAAGAAGUCGUGUUGGUGUUGGUUUCUUUCCACCUUCAGUUGCAAAUGUGUGCUCUUUGGAAUUUCUAUAUCUGAAUGACAUCUAUCUACAUGAAGUAGAUCUUAGGAUCACUCUUGAGAAUUUGACCUCAUUGGUAUCUUUAGAUUUAUCAGGGAGUUAUUGUCAUCAAAGCUUACCCUUUAGCCUUUGUCAUCUUUCAAACUUGAAAUUUCUAUCCUUGAACAAUUUGAAAAAUCUUAGAGUACUUGUACAACUUCCUCCUAGUUUGGUGAAUCUCUCUGCAGAAAAUUGUGUUUCAUUGGAAAAUAUAGCAGUUGUAUCAAACUUGAAGAGACUUGAAGUGUUGCGUAUUGGGAAUUGCAAAAGUUUGGUUGUGCUUCCAAACAUGGAGAGUCUUUCAUCCUUAGUAGAGCUUGACAUAAGCAAUUGCAUAAGUUUGGUUGAGCUUCCGAACAUGGAGAGUCUUUCAUCCUUAGAAAUUCUUGGCAUAAGGAAUUGCAUAAGUUUGGUUGAGCUUCCGAACAUGGAGAGUCUUUCAUCCUUAAAAUGUCUUAACAUAAGGAAUUGCAAUGCUUUNGUUUUAAAUUUAGGUUCUUGCAUGAAAUUGAAGGAGCUUCCAGCUAAGUUGGGAGAUUUAGGGAAACUAAGAGAGUUAAAUGUUAGGGCAACUGCCAUCACAAAUAUGCCCUUUUCUUUGGGAUGUUUGAGAAAUCUAAAGAACCUGGACUUGAGUUCACUACGAUCAACAAGAACUACUCGUGGUAGUGCUGGUUUACUUCCACCUUCUGUUGCGGAAUUAUGCUCGUUGGAAAGACUGAGUACUCAUAGCAACAACCUGUAUGAAAGAGAUCUUCCAAUUGGUCUUGGGAGUUUGACCUCAUUGACAAAUUUACAUUUAUCAGGAUGUUUCUAUAUUCAAGAUUUACCAUUCAGCCUUUGUGAUCUUUCUAACUUGAAAAAUCUCAACUUGGAUGACUGGCAAAAUCUAAGAGUACUUAAAGAUCUUCCUCCUACUUUGGAGUCUCUCUCUGCAGGAAAUUGUGUGUCAUUAGAGAAAAUAGCAGAUAUAUCAACUUUGCAAAGACUCCAAAAAUUGAAUAUUCCCAACUGCAAGAACUUGGCUCCGAUUCCAGGCCUAGAGACUCUUGAAAACUUACAGUUGCUUGAGAUAAGAAAUUGCAGUCGUUUGACUCCUCCGGUUGAAAACUGGUUCCAGGCACGUUCUGAAGGUGGUCCUGAAGGUGAUAGUGUCAAGUUUCGUCUUGAAGGAUCGGGAGUCGGUUAUUUAGCAUGCCGUGUUCCAACACUUUUGGGGCCUAAAUUCAUAAGAACCGAUAACCCUGCAAUUAUUGAGGGUCCCCUUGAAGGACUUCGUAUCUCUGUCAGUAGCACAACCACUGUUCAGUCGUCUUUUGCCGUCGCUACAGGCCACCGGUGA